AAAUGAGGUGUAACAAAACCACUUAUAAUAUCUCAACAUCCAAUCUAACCCUUAAGCUCUAAAACAUUCACUCUCUCUCUCUCUCUAGAUAGCACCACCAUGAUCACAGGUAAGGACAUCUACGAUGUUCUGGCGGCCAUUGUCCCCUUAUACGUAGCUAUGUUUUUAGCCUACGGUUCAGUCCGGUGGUGGAAGAUCUUCACGCCUGACCAAUGCUCCGGCAUCAAUCGAUUCGUGGCGGUGUUCGCUGUACCCUUACUCUCGUUCCACUUUAUCUCCUCCAACGAUCCCUACGCCAUGAACUACCACUUCAUCGCAGCCGACUCACUCCAAAAGGUGGUCAUCCUCGCCGCCCUCUUUCUAUGGCAGACCUUUUCCAAGCGAGGAAACCAUGAGUGGAUGAUAACCCUUUUCUCUCUUUCCACUCUCCCGAACACUCUCGUCAUGGGAAUUCCUCUCUUGAAAGCCAUGUACGGAGACUUCUCCGGUAGCCUCAUGGUUCAAAUCGUGGUUCUCCAGAGUGUGAUCUGGUACACUCUCAUGCUCUUCAUGUUCGAGUACAGAGGAGCCAAGCUCCUCAUCACCGAGCAGUUUCCAGAGACUGCAGGCUCCAUCACCUCGUUCCGAGUCGACUCCGACGUCGUUUCUCUCAACGGUCGGGAGCCCUUACAGACCGACGCGGAAAUCGGUGACGAUGGAAAGCUCCACGUGGUGGUGAGAAGAUCGGGGGCUUCAUCAAUGAUUUCUUCCUUCAACAAGUCUCACGGACUCAAUUCCAUAACUUCCAUGACUCCCAGGGCGUCGAACCUUACAGGAGUAGAGAUCUACUCAGUACAAUCCUCGCGCGAGCCGACGCCAAGGGCUUCCAGCUUCAACCAGACUGAUUUUUACGCCAUGUUCAACGCCAGUAAGGUCCCGAGUCCCAAACAAGGGUACACCAGCAGCUUUGGCGGAGGGGGACUAGCCCCAACUGGACCAGCCGGUUUCGGAGGCAGCGGUGGCGAUGUCUACUCGCUUCACUCAUCGAAAGGCGUCACGCCGAGAACAUCUAAUUUCGAUGAAGAGAUGUUGAAGAAUAUGGGAAAGAAGCAGAGAGGAGCAAGGAGCAUGAGUGGAGAGCUCUUCAAUGGCGGUCUUGUCUCAUCUUACCCUCCUCCUAAUCCGAUGUUUUCAGGGUCAACAAGUAGUGCUAUUAAGAAGAAAGACACUACAACUAUUACUCCUCCUGCUGCUGGUAAUAAUGGGGUGCCGAACAAGGACCUUCAUAUGUUCGUAUGGAGCUCAAGUGCGUCGCCGGUUUCCGAAGGGAUCCUUAGACACGCAGUUAACAGAGCCGUCUCUUCUGAUUUUGGAGGUAUUGAUACAUCCAAAGCUUCUGGCGUGGCUCAGCACGAAAGAGGUAUGCAAGAGUUAAAUGAGAAUAUAAGUCCAGCAGGGAAGAUGGUUGGAGAAAAUAAUCAUGCCGAAGUAGAAGAAGGGUUGAGAAAUAUGAAGUAUAAUAAUGGUAUGGGAGGUUCGCCAUAUAGCUCUAACAAUUACCAGAAGAAGGUUGAAGACGUGGGUGAACUAGGAGGAGGUCAGAAGAAGAACCAAAUGCCACCUGCUAGUGUCAUGACAAGACUUAUCCUUAUCAUGGUUUGGAGGAAACUCAUUCGAAACCCCAACACCUACUCUAGCCUCAUUGGCUUAAUUUGGUCCCUCGUCUCCUUCAGGUGGAACAUCAAGAUGCCAACAAUUGUAAGCGGGUCCAUAUCCAUAUUAUCUGAUGCUGGUCUGGGAAUGGCUAUGUUUAGUUUAGGUUUAUUCAUGGCUUUACAGCCAAAGAUCAUAGCAUGUGGAAAAUCAGUAGCGACAUUUUCAAUGGCUGUUAGGUUCUUGACUGGCCCAGCAGUGAUUGCGGCAACUUCUAUAGUCGUUGGUCUUCGUGGAGUGCUUUUGCAUAUCGCCAUUGUUCAGGCUGCUCUUCCACAAGGAAUCGUUCCCUUUGUAUUUGCAAAAGAAUACAAUGUCCAUCCAGACAUACUUAGUACUGCGGUUAUUUUCGGAAUGCUAAUCGCCUUGCCCAUCACAAUUCUCUAUUACGUGCUUCUUGGGCUAUAGUAAAACUACUUUCUGGGAAACAGUGAGGAAAUAUAUAUAUAUAAUAGUGUAUUAUCCAAGUCAGGCUUAGUUGGAUGGAUCUCAUACUGUUUUUGAAGAAAACCAAAUAUUCCUUUGGAUUCAGUGCCAUCAUAUGGCCUUAAGCAUGUGAUCUUUUAGCUCUCUCUUGCUACAUACUUGUCUUCUUCAAUAUCUUAGUCCUCUUAUAGUAUUUUUUUUCCGUCUCUUUUUAGUUAUUUUUGCUAUCUUAUCUGGUUAGAAAAAUAUUAGAUUAGAUCAACUUAGAUUGAUAGGAGAGAGAGGCAGAGAAAUUAGUACGUACUUUUUUUUUCUUCUAUGUAUUCUGAUAUAUAUUAAUUAUUUGUUAAA